UUUGUAAAAUUGACUAUUUUCAGAGCCAGAGGACCAAUUUGAUUUAGACAUUUUACGUAACUCGCUUUUCAAUCGAAUACGCCCAUCAAGGUCAGGAAAUAUAUCACGGAACAACAACGCUACUUAUCUUGCAAAAUGUCUGCCUCGCCACUAGCGGGAAAAGUUUGUAUCGUCACAGGCGCUACACGAGGCAUAGGAAAAGGUAUAGCCCUUCAACUUGCAGAAAAGGGAGCAAAAGUUUAUAUUACUGGGCGCACUUUAGAUCCACCUAGAAAUUCGGAAGUUGGCGGCUCCUUGCGCGAAACUGCAAACGAAAUUGAACGCCGCGGAGGAAUAUGUGUACCAGUCCAAUGUGACCACUCUAAAGAUAAUGACAUCGAACAACUGUUUGAGCAAGUUAAACGGGAAAAUGAGAAUCAAUUAGACAUAUUAGUGAACAAUGCAUACUCUGCAGUCAAUGUCCUUUCAGAAAAUUACAAAGUUAAGUUCUGGGACCAACCUCCAUCAAUAUGGGAUGACGUCAAUGUUGUCGGGUUGCGCAAUCAUUACAUAUGUGCUGUAUAUGCAUCACGGAUUAUGGUUCCACGAAAGCGAGGUUUGAUUGUGAACAUUUCUUCUAGUGGUGGACUGCGGUAUUUAAUUGGCGUUGCAUAUGGUAUUGGAAAAGAAGCGUGUGAUCGGAUGGCAGCAGAUUGUGCGGUCGAGUUAAAGAAGCACAACGUUGCUUUCGUUAGCUUAUGGCCAGGUGCAGUUGGAACUGAAAUUAUGCUGAAAAACUUGCGCAACCAAGCAAAAAAAUCAACCGAUAGUAAAGAUCGGUCAUCAAUCUUAAGAGAUGAAAAAAUUCUGAAAUUCUUUGAAGGAGGUGAAACUCCAGAGUUUGCUGGGCAGUGUAUAGCUGCAAUGGCAACAGACGACCAAGUGAUGAAAAUGAGCGGGAAAAUUGUACUGACGUGCGAUUUAGCGAGGAGGUACAAUCUCACAGACGCUGCGGGCCACACACCAACAGAAAUGCGACAAAUCAACAAGAUUUUGGAACAAUCUGGACACCCCUGGCUAGCAUGGUUUGUUCCCAGCUUUAUUCGUUUACCGUCGUGGAUUCUGUGUCUUGCUGGGAACAAGUUCUAUUAGGAAAAAAAGAUAAUUAAAGCGUUAUUCCUGAAAGACUUAUGUUUUCAAGCAUAAAUUAUUAAAUUUAAUUGAUGUAUAAAUUAGAAUUAGAUUGAAGUUUAGGUUGAUGCUGUAUGACACAUUGUAUGUGACCUCUUAACUCUUUCCAAAGUUUAAAUGCCAUUUUAUUCAGCUGGAAAGUGGCAUAAUGUCAACAAUGCUAUGUUUGAUUUCUGUCAAACAGCAAUGAGGAAAAGAAACAAAUUAAAGAGUAUGUUCCAAUGCUUUCCAGAUGAAGAUUGUUUUCAUAUUACUGACAUGAAAUAUGACAUGUUUGUUAUAAUCAAACAAUGUUUUUGUGUCAACAGUUUUGUCACAAUUUGGUUGUAUGAUUUUAUUUAAUGGAACCCGACUUAAAAAUACGGAACGUGAUUUAAAAUAACAAGUUUAACGCUGCAUAUACAUGGUUAUUGAAUUUUUAUUUUUCAUAAAAGAAACCCACCUUACAUUGGUAUGAUAUAAUUUUGGUUGUAAAAUUAUUUUUUAAAAAUACUUUAAAUAAUAAACGAGCCACCGUCUGGCGGGGACAAUA